GCAGUAUGGGAUAAAGUAGUUUUCAACGAUGCGACCUCUAAAAAUAGAGAUGUAGUGCCGGAUGUAUCUUUUCUCACUAGAACUUUAUUUAAAGUUUUCGAAGCAGCAAUGGAAACGCCAGCAGUUAAAGAAAUCAUUAGGAAGAAGGAACACUACGAUCUACUGCUGACAGAACAUGGCAUGGAAGUGAGCUUAGGAUUUUCUCACAUUUUCAAAGCACCAGUUAUUCAAAUUAGUUCGCUAGGACAUCUUUUUUUUAGUGACAAGAGUGUUGGCUCAGACAUACACCCGUUUCUUUAUCCCUGUCCAAUGAAUCAGAGAGUGUACAACUUGACUAAGUUUGAGAAAAUUCAGACGAUAUGGAACGGUUUGAAAUUGAUAUCGGCAUUCAAAGUAUUGAACAGAGAGACGGAUGUAAUAAUUAAAAAGAUUUUUGGUCAAGACACUCCUUCGUUUAACGAAUUAAAGGAAAACAUACAUAUGACUAUGUUGAAUGUGCAUCCUAUAUGGAUAGACAACCAACCACUUUCUCCUAACGUGAUCCUUAUAGGAGGCAUUCAUGAAAAGCUACCAACACCAUUACCACAGGACCUUCAAGAACAUUUGGAUUCUUCGAAAAAUGGGACCAUAUAUGUAAGCUUCGGUUCAAAAGCGACACUAUCCAAUUUCACCCCAGAGACAGUAAAAAUACUGCUCGAGGUAUUGUGCAAUUUGCCGUUCGAUGUGCUUCUAAGAUGGGAAGAAGACAAACUUCCAGCCGACUGUACAAAUAUAAGAGUCUCAAAGUGGUUUCCACAGGCUGAUGUUUUACGUCACCCAAGAGUGAAAUUGUUUAUAACGCAGGGUGGUCUACAAUCAACAGACGAAGCUAUAUCGGGUGGGGUACCCCUGAUAGGUAUACCCAUCAUGGGCGACCAGUACUACAACUCGGAGAAGUAUGUGCACCAUGGUAUUGGAAAAAAACUUGACUGGUACGACUUUGACGCAAGAACAUUCAGAGAUGCCAUUGAAGAAAUAAUUAACAACGUAAGCUACCACGACAGUAUCAUCCGUCUACGAACACUAAUGAAAGACUCACCGCAUUCCCCGCUGGAGCGUGCUAUAUGGUGGGCGGAGUACGUACUGCGGCACGGCGCGAGACACUUGGCCCCGCCCACUGCCCACAUCACACUCUACGAAUACCUGGAAAUAGAUCUACUGAUAUACAUUAUACUGUGGUUAAUAAUGUCAGUAGGAGUUAUUGUUAUUACAGUCUAUAUUGUGGUUAAGUAUAUAAGGCGCAGAUUAAGCAGGAAGAAGGAGAAAUUGUUUUAACGUGUUCUUUAGCUUUUAUUCACAUUGCAAUAGUAUUUUUAGGAU